CUCUGUCAACACUCACCAUGAACAAACUCACUUUGAUUACUUGCCUCGUCGUCUUUGUCGGUGCCGCUUCGGCAAAUCCUGCUGUUCGGGAAAGCCGGCAUGCAGUUCCGGUUGGAAUGUUCAACGGAAUGGUCCUGGUGGAUGACGAUAUGGCAGAUACCCGCAACGUUAUGUCUGACGAAAUUGCCAUCCCAACAGUCUUACGCAAUCCAGUUAUCGUCCCUCCAUUUACUCCGGAUCAACAAACCGAACAACAGCGCCUUACAAUUGCCUUAGGUGGACGUCCAUAUGGAGGAUAUUACGGCGGUCGCCCAUGGGGCCCAUACGGCCGUCCUUGGGGCCCGUACGGAAGGCCCUGGGGUCCAUACAUCCCAAGCCGCCCAUGGGGUCCUUACUAA